GGAAGAACUAUAGAGGUGUUCCGAAGUAGUUAGUACUCCGCAGAAGAUCUUAGAUCCUCCAUGCUUUUUGUCGCAAGAGUGCGUUAUAACGCGUUAGUAGUUUGAAUAGAUUGAAAUCUGAUUGAGUUCACAUAGACGAUGCCAGAAUUUGAUGGACUGUUGAUAUCUCACCAAAAAUAAUGACCAGCAUCAUGUAUGUCAUCCCGAGAAACAGCAUUUUGAGGACCAGCAAAUGCUUGUCAUUUGUUUUGAAACAAAGUGCAACUAGCAGACAACAGUUUUGCACUUUAAAUACUCCAUGUGUCGUUCACCAAAGUUUGCAACAACAUGAAAAUCAAGUCAGAAAAUCUAGUCUGGAAGUACAGACAUUUAGAGAAAAGAAAGGGAAGUCACAGGGAGUUUUAUCAAACUGCUUUUCAUCCAGUUCUGCUCAGCUCUCCGAUGCACAGAAAAUUUCCAGGAGACAGCGAUCUUGUAGAAUAUCGGUCACAAAUCACUUACCUAGACCAAAACCUCCAUGGAGGGUAUUAUUUUUUGGAACUGACAAUUUCUCGCUGAAAAUGUUGAAGACUUUGAAUGAAAAUAGAUUAAGUCGAGGCAGUGACAGGCUGGUGGACACACUUGAAGUGGUUGCAGUAGAGAAGACUGACAUAGAGGUUCCCGUUCGUCGGUAUGCUAAGGAACAGGGACUUAAUGUUUUAGAUUGGCAGCCUGCCCUUCACCCCCUGACCUAUGAUGUGGGGGUACUGGCAUCGUUCGGUUUCCUCAUUCCAUCAAAAGUUAUCGAUAUGUUCCCAUAUGGCAUAUUAAACAUCCACCCCAGCCUCUUACCCAGGUGGAGGGGAGCAUCCCCUAUUGAACACACCAUCCUGUACGGCGACACGGAGACUGGCAUAUCGAUCAUGGAAAUCCGGCCAAAGCAUUUUGACAUCGGCCCUAUCCUGUUACAGAAACGUUAUCCAAUGAAGGACAGGGCUACAGCCCUUGAAGUGAAAAAAAAUAUGGCAGACAGAGGUUCUGAUGUGAUGAUGGAAGCCUUGUCCAAUCUCCCUGAGCUGGAGAGACGUGUAGUGGAGCAGAGCGAGAUAGGGGUUACAUACGCCCACAAACUCACACGCCAAGCCCUGUAUGUAGAUUGGGAAAACCAGAGUUACAACAGUAUAGACCGGCAGCAGAGAGCUCUCCAUGAGAUUGAGCCACUGAGAAGUGAAUUCAACAAUAAAAAGAUCAACUUGUUAGAUCCGUGUGAUUUUAGUGUCCUCAAUUCAGAUCCUGGUGUUGAGAAAGCAGUGCAACAGCGAUAUAGCCGUCCGAGUGGAGAGGUACCAGCAGGGUCCAUCUUCUACAGUAAACCACACAAGCACCUGCUAGUCAAAUGUCAGGAUGGGUGGGCAGGCUUUGGAAGUAUUCGAUUAAAAAAGAGACAGACGGCUGUGGAUUUUCAUAGUGGAUAUCUUCAGAAGAAUUCAGAUCCGAGACUCCGGAGUAUAGACAAUGGAUUACAGUUCAAUCUGGAUCUGCUGACCCCGCGACUGCUGCACAGUGAGAUGAUUCCAGUGAAAGUCAGGGAGGAAUGGUUCACAGACCUUAAAGUGGGUCAUGGGGGCUAAACAUUGAAGAACUCCUCAAAACUUUAAGUGGGUCAUUGUGGUGGAACAGUGAAGAACUCCUUAAAACUUUAAGUGGGUCAUUGUGGCUGAACGCUAAAGAAUUCCUCAAAACUUAAAGUGGGUCAUUGUGGCUGAACACUGAAGAAUUCCUCAAAACUUAGAGAUGUCAUUGUGGUUGAACAGUGAAGAAUUCCUCAAAACUUAAAGUGGGUCAUUGUGGCUGAACACUGAAGAAUUCCUCAAAACUUAAAGUGGGUCAUUGUCGUUGAACAUUGAGGAAUUCCUAAAGAUUGUAAUUGAGUCACAAUGAUUGAACAUCAAACAUUUCUUUAAAGUCUGAAGUGGGUCAUGGUGCUAGAACAUCAAGGAAUUCCUCAAAACUCAGAUGAGUCAUGUUGGUUGAACUUGUAGCAAUUCCUCAAAACUUAAAUGCAGGUGAUGGGUGUUGAACAUGAUGCAACAUUUCAAACCUUAAAGGAGCCCUUUACUGUUGAAGAUCUUGAAGCUUUUUAGACAGAAAAUUUGGACAUGACAGUCAGGAACUCCUUGGGAUAUUACUCACAAAGCGUUUUUAUACACAUAUUUAUGCAUGCCAUGUUAUGAAUGAAUCCUGUUUUCAAUGAAUAUGUAUUUACCUGGUUCUCAUAAUCCAUAAAUUCUUCACCACAGAUUAUAAAAUGCCAUUUGCAUACUCCAUAUAAUAUCAAUGCAGUCAUAAGAGUGUUGCUUUGUUCAUUAUGAAUCCAAAAAAGUGUGGUUUUCUGUAGUGGUGGUAUGUGAUAAUAGAAGCAUGGGAUAUUUUGUAUAGUUUCAUGCUUACAUGAUGCAAUCAACUCUAGCAUAUAUUUAUUAUGUUCCUUAUUGUCAUAUUUAAGUUUGUGAUAUGUCAAGCUGGAAAAAAAGAUCCCCUUGAAACAGUGUAGGUUUGUUACUGAAAAAAUUGGUCAAUAUAACUGUUUUUGUAUGAUAAUGGAGUGUGUGAUUCUUAUUUAUUUGUGUGAUUCCAUUUUUAUGAACUCAAAUAUUUCAUUCCUUGUGUCCAUGACGUCGGAAUUUGACUUUAAAACUAUAUAUUCUGAACUAUUUGUCAGAGAUAAGGAUUUCAUAAUUUGUUUAUAGAUUUCUUUUGAUGCCAUUACCAACAUUUCACAAGUUUAACCUUGAUCAUAACUUUUCAAUAGUGAGUGAUAGGGACCUCAUAUUUCAUUACUUGUGAAAAGACUUUUCUUUUGGUAUCAUAUUUGUGACCUUGACCUUAGAGUUUGACCUACUUUUAAGAAAAGUUUACCUAUUUGUAAUAGUUCCUGAACUUUUUAAGGUAGGGCUUUCAUAUUUUGUAUAUAGUUUCUUUAUGACAAGACCUUUCAUCUGUCUCUUUGUUGACAUAGUGAUUCAAAAACACAUCUGGUUUUAACACGGACUGAUAGAAGUCUGAAGUUUGUAAGGUUAAAGAUGGAUCAAUAGGAAAUCAUUCAGAGAAAUUGUGACAGCUGUUUGAAGUAUUUCCAUUCGUUGGAAUGCAAAACACUGAAUUAGUUUAACACUAUGGCCAGCAGUGACCUAAAUAAAAAAAUUUCUUUCUUUCCCCCAUUUUCAACAACAACAAAAAAUAACUCCAUCUUUAAUAUUGUUAUUUUUUCUCAAUUGAGUUAUCUAUUUAUUCCAAAGUAGGAAACUUAGUAUCUUUUAUUUCUUUACGUAAAAAUUUGUAUUGUAAUUUACGCAAAUGCUAUGUCACUAAUUGUAAAUUUACUUAUUUUUAGGUCACCUGAGUCACUCGGGUAACCUAUUGCUAUAGGUCUGCAUCAAUUGUUGUCUGUUGUGCGUUAACAAUUGAACAUGUUAAGUACUUGAUUACUACCAUUCCAAUUCUAUUAAAAUUUUGUAUAAAGCAUUUUUAGGACAAGGGGGAUAUAAAUUGUAAGUAUCAGGACUCUUGCACCCCUUGGAUCUUAGAGACAAGGCAAAAACUCCUAAACAUUGACCAUUUUUUCAAAAAUCUUAUCAGCAAUUGCAUAACUGUAAGAAAAACUAAAUGCAAAGUGAUGUAGAGCAGGAAGGCUUGUACCAAAAUUGUAAAAUUCAUGAUCCCCGGAAUAGUUUCCAAGGCAGGACCACAUUUGGCAUAUAGUGUUUAUCACAAUCAGUGUACAAAAUGAGAUCAAUAGCCAAAAUCCAUAGAAAAUUUUUCUGGUCUAUAGUGAAGUGAAUGCUAUGAAUAAAUACAGUUGUCAAGAGUUACACAUUUUUUUGACAUUCUGUAUAGUGCAUUUAUUAUUUUACUUAACUUCUGUUAUAGCCUUUUGAAAAAAUAAACUGUUGUAAAUGAUGUAUGCAAAUUCAAAUUGAUCAGUCUGUCUCAAGAUAUGAAAUACAAAUAAAGAGUACAAUAAAAAAUCA